AACAACUAUCACUGGCGGGAAAUAACUUAGAAGGGGUCAUUCCAUCGGGUUUAGGCUCACUAAAGGGUCUGCAAGUAUUGGAUCUUUCCCGGAGCAAUCUUUCUGGUGAAAUCCCGAGAUUCUUAGAAGGCUUGCAGUUGCAAAUAUUGAAUCUGUUUGACAAUAAUUUUGAGGGAGCAGUGCCAGUUGAUGGACUUUUCAGUAAUGCAAGUGUGGUUUCUAUCACGGGAAACAGUAAGCUUUGUGGGGGAUCAGCUGAGUUGAAUUUGCCAAAAUGCAUCCCUGAGAGGAAAAAUCAGCGUUUGACCUUAGCACCAGUCAUCUCCAUAGUCUCGGUGCUGCUCGGUGUGGCGUUUUUUCUUCUCUUUCUCUAUUGCUACUCAUUCAAGAAGGAAAAAAAGGACACUUCUUCUGAUUCUUCUAAUAAGUUGUUCCCAACUAUGUCGUAUCAUAGCCUUCUGAAAGCUACCAAUGGCUUCAGUGAAGCCUACUUCAUUGGUGUUGGUGCAUUUUGCUCCGUGUAUAAAGGGAUCAUCAGUGAGGGCGACGGGGAAGUGGUGGUCGCAGUCAAGGUGCUUAACAUGUUUAAGCAGGGAGCUGCUUCGAGCUUCUUAGCAGAGUGCCAGGCCCUGAGGAAUAUCAGACAUCGCAACCUUGUCAAGGUAAUUACAGCGUGCUCGAGUGGCGAUGGUAAUGGAAACGACUUCAAGGCCCUUGUGUAUGAAUACAUGCCCAGUGGGAGCCUAGAGUACUGGUUACAACCGGCUCUAGAAGGAAAUCAGGCCCGUGUAAUGAAAAGAAACCUAAGUCUGGUCAGAAGGCUGAACAUUGCAAUCAAUGUUGCUUCUGCGCUAGACUAUCUUCAUCAUCAGUGUGAAACUCCAAUUGUCCACUGCGAUCUGAAGCCAAGUAAUAUUCUUUUGGACGAGGAAAUGGUGGCACAUGUAGGUGAUUUUGGGCUCGCUCGAUUUGUUACAGAAGGACCCAUCCCAACAAGUUCAAUUGGUAUCAGAAGUUCUACUGGUUACGUUCCUCCAGAAUAUGGGAUGGGGAGCGAAGCUUCAACCCUUGGUGAUGUCUACAGUUACGGCAUCCUCCUACUAGAGCUGUUCACUGGGAAGAGACCCACUGAUGAAAUGUUUGAUGAAAGCAUGAAUCUUCACAGCUUUGCUAAGAUAGCUAUGGUGGGUCGAGUCAAAGAUAUCAUGGAUCCUGUACUCGUGGAGGAAGUAUCAUCUCCAACAUAUCAUCAGAAAACAGCAAAGGCCUGGGCAUGUUUGGCUUUGAUAUUUCAAAUAGGACUAGCAUGCUCUGCCAAGGUGCCGAGGGAACGAAUGAGGAUUGGCCUUGUGGUGACCAAGCUGGCCUCAAUCAGAAACAAACUUCUGGAAACUGAUAAAGGUGAAUGCUCUUAAUAGGUUAAUUCUUUAAAUCAUGGAUCCUUUCAUCUGGAAAGGCUAUGCAGUAGAACAAAUCAGUGACCGCUAUAUAUCUCACUCUUAAAUCUCAAUUAUUUCCUGAAGCUCAAACUGGUCUCCAGAAGUCUUUGAUUCAAGAAUCUUUUUGUCUUUUUGUCUUUUUAUUUUUAUGUCAACUUGAUUCUUCGCGUUUUGGUCGUCAUCUCGCCACUUGUUUCAAUAGAGGAAAUUAGACACAGAGUUUGCUGGAAUCAAAUCCCAAGUAAGAGAUGACCAUAUGGGACACUCAAAUUUAGUUUGCGAUUGGCAUGGGAUUGUAGGCAACAAACCAACACUCUUCUUGAGUGGCAAUACGUCUCGUGG